CAGCCCUGUGACUCAUGCCUGCGUCGAAGCAGAUCAACCGGCGAUUCACGCUUUAAAAAAGAAAAUCCGAGUACUUGUGGAAAAAAGGUCAUCUGGCAUUAAAUUCCGCGGCGCGAUUGGUAUUCCGACGUCGUUUCUGGCGGAGUUUAUAAGCGGCGAGUCGCUCCCCGGCUAGAGUCGCCUUGCCUGCCUGGACUCUGGGAGUAAGAGUGGUCCGCUCGUCCCCUUGUGAAUUCUUUCCUGCCCACCCCUCGGAGGAAUAUUGGAGGAAAACCCGGGCUCCGAGGACCGAGACGUUUCUGAACGGAUGGCUUCCUCGGCUCCAUCGUCCUCCAACGACGCUCCGGACCCCACCCCAACUAAUUUGCGACCCACAACUUACGACACGUGGUGCGGCGUGGCCCACGGGUGCACCCGGAAAAUCGGCCUCAAGAUAUGCGGGUUCCUGCAGAGGACCAACAGCCUGGAAGACAAGGGUCGGAUCGUGAGCUCUCUGAAGGAAAGGCAGUCCUCCAAGAGCCUGCUGGCCUGCGAGAACAGCGAGAGGGAAGCCAGGUUCCGGCGGACCGAGACGGACUUCUCCAAUCUGUAUGCCAGAGAUUUGCUGCCUUCCAAGAAUGGCGAGGAGCAGACCAUGCAGUUCCUGCUGGAGGUCGUCGACAUCCUCCUCAACUACGUGAGGAAGACGUUUGACAGGUCCACCAAAGUGUUGGACUUCCACCACCCGCACCAGCUCCUGGAGGGCAUGGAGGGCUUCAACCUGGAGCUGUCGGACAACCCCGAGUCUCUGGAGCAGAUCCUGGUGGACUGCAGGGACACGCUCAAGUACGGCGUGAGGACAGGCCAUCCCCGCUUCUUCAACCAGCUCUCCACGGGACUGGAUAUCAUCGGCUUGGCUGGCGAGUGGCUGACAUCGACUGCCAACACGAACAUGUUUACGUAUGAAAUUGCCCCUGUUUUUGUCCUCAUGGAGCAAAUAACGCUUCGAAAGAUGAGAGAGAUUAUUGGAUGGUCAAAUAAAGAUGGUGAUGGAAUAUUCUCACCUGGAGGCGCUAUCUCCAAUAUGUACAGCAUAAUGGCUGCACGCUACAAGUACUUCCCUGAAGUCAAAACCAAAGGCAUGGCUGCAGUCCCUAAACUGAUUCUCUUUACCUCGGAACAUAGUCACUACUCAAUAAAGAAAGCUGGAGCUGCACUUGGAUUUGGAACAGACAAUGUAGUUUUGAUAAAGUGCAAUGAAAGAGGCAAAAUAAUACCAGCUGAUUUGGAGGCCAAAAUUUUGGAAGCAAAACAAAAGGGAUAUGUUCCUCUUUAUGUAAAUGCAACUGCAGGCACAACAGUAUAUGGAGCCUUUGAUCCCAUACAGGAGAUUGCAGAUAUAUGUGAAAAAUAUAACCUCUGGCUCCAUGUAGAUGCUGCUUGGGGAGGUGGACUCUUAAUGUCCCGAAAGCAUCGCCAUAAACUGAAUGGAAUAGAAAGAGCCAACUCGGUAACUUGGAAUCCACACAAGAUGAUGGGAGUGUUGUUACAAUGUUCUGCCAUUCUUAUCCGGGAAAAGGGUAUACUUCAAGGUUGCAAUCAAAUGUGUGCAGGAUAUCUUUUCCAGCAAGAUAAACAGUAUGAUAUAUCCUAUGACACUGGAGAUAAGGCAAUACAGUGUGGGCGACACGUGGACAUUUUCAAAUUCUGGUUGAUGUGGAAGGCAAAGGGUACAGUAGGAUUUGAAAAUCAGAUCAACAAAUGCCUGGAGCUGGCAGAAUAUCUGUAUACUAAAAUCAAAAACAGAGAAGAAUUUGAGAUGGUUUUUGAAGGAGAGCCUGAGCACACAAAUGUUUGCUUUUGGUAUAUUCCACCGAGUCUCAGGGGUAUGCCAGACUGCGAUGAGAGAAGAGAAAAGUUACACAGGGUGGCACCGAAAAUCAAAGCACUGAUGAUGGAGUCAGGUACUACCAUGGUUGGAUAUCAGCCUCAGGGGAAUAAAGUCAACUUCUUCCGAAUGGUCAUCUCAAACCCAGCAGCAACUAAGUCUGACAUUGACUUCCUCAUUGGGGAAAUAGAGAGACUGGGGCAGGAGCUGUAGUACAGUGGUCAAAUUAUCUAUUUCUCUAAUACAUUGUUUUCCAGCACUGGCUAUUUUUUUUAUCCAGUUCUGCAGAACAUGUUUUAAGGAAAUUCUCUUUCUGUAAGCUCCAAUCUCCUGAGACAUCUCUAAACAAAAAUCUAUAGGCUACUGAAACGUAUAUAUAUUGGUAGAUAAUUUUACUGAGGGAAAAUGUGUUAUCUUGAAGUUGAAGUACUAUUGACUCUUACAUUGUUCUUGCUUAUUAUACUCAGCAAGAAAUGAAUAAGUACUAAAAUAAUAAAUUUAGAACUCUAUACAGUAUAUAUGUACAGUAUAAAUAAAUAUAAAUAAAUAUAUAUACAAACAUAUAUAUAUACAUAUAUAUAUGUAAGUGGUUAUGAACUUAGAUCCAAGCCACAGCAUGUUUUCCACUUUAAGAGAAAUAACUUUUCCUUCAACAACUAAUGAUGUGGAUAAUGUGCUACAGAUUAUUCUGCCAGGUAAAAAUAGGCGUAUAGAAAUGUUUCUAAAACGUAGAUUCUAGGAGCUAAGGAAAAUGUUUAGCAGUAUUAAAUAUUAUUGUUGGUGCUCUUCUCACAUACGAAACAGCAAUCUCUUACAGCACCUUUGAGUAAAAUAGUUGUACUUCCCCUUUAGUGUCACAUCAGGGGAUAAUAGUAGCAAAGUCAUUGUAACAGGUAUAUUAUUGAUGUAUUUUUAGAGGUUAAUUUGUGUAGAUUGUGUAUAUUAUUGUUAAAUGACUUUGUGUAAAAGGAUUUAAAUGUAAUAGUUUUCCAGCAAGAUAACUGUUCAAUUGUAGGUAUAUGAAAUAUUUGGUUAUUUAUAUGCAGAGAUUUACCACGCUAAAGAGUUGUCUUGUAUUUUCUUCCAUUUGUAAUGUAUCCUAUUUAUAUAUUACUGAAGUUCUAAAUAAUGUUAAUGGUAUUUUAGUGUAUUUGUGAGCCAAAGAAAAAAUACAAAAAUAUUAGUUGACACUUUCAUUUAAAUAUUAAUGCCCUUAAAAUAGUAACUUACAGAUAAUUUUACUGAUUAUAAGGAAUUGAGACAUUGUAUAUAGAAUAUCAAAUAAUGAAAUCCCUUUAAUUUAAUAGAAUUUUUAGUUUUAUUAGCUGUAAUGUCAGACUGUCUGUUCAGUGUUCUGAAUGCUUUUCUAGUGAAUACUGGUUGCUAACCAAGGCCCCUGUUGUUGUGUUGUAUUUCAGGACUAAUCUCUAUGACCAGUUUAACUAAAUUCUAUGGCAAGAUUCCUGAAGGUCUGUAGCGUUUCUGUGGGAGUCUUAACCAGCAUCAUUGUUUCAGUGACAUGGAAUUGACUAUACAUUUUGGAGUUUAUAGAAUAAAUAAAACCAAAUGUCAUCUCAGAAUCUUUAAUACAGCUGGCUUGUCACAACAAUUUAAACAGGCCACGCUUUUCAAUAUACAGACACCAGAGCCAUCUGCAGCUUGUUCAGUCUUAAUGAUUAGAUGAUCAAUACUCCCAAGUGGAAAACUCCAUACUGGAGGCAGAGCAGUGGAACAAAAUGAAGAUUCAAUAAUCCUCUGUCUACAGAGUGACUAUCAUGGCAAUAAACGGGACAUGCUAAUUUCAAAUCUUUUCAUACAUGGUUCUGUGGCUAUUGUCCGUGGAAGUCAGUAAUUAGUUGAUUUUUUUUCCCCAGAUCAACAAUAAAAUGAAUUUUAGAAACAUUCAGUGAAAGAACAGUAGAGAGUCACAGUUUGAUUUUAGGACUGUAGUGAUAGCCUGUUCACCACCUUUGAGGCUUUCCUAUACAUGCCAAGAGAGCGGUGCGUCCCCCGCCAGCCCUGUCGCCCCUGGGGAAGGGCAGCAACAGCCAGGAGGAUUUCCCUUCUGGUCCCACCGGUUGCUUCUGAGGAUGCUGGCUCACAGCUCUGGCUCGUUGGAAGAGAGAGAAGGAAGAAACUAUCAUGGUAAUUGCACCAUCAUAUGUGGCACAGUCUUCCCAGCUUUUCCUAGGGCUCCUGUUCACCCCUCUUCCAUACACCUCUGUAAAGCUUUUUCUUGAAACCAUUUGAGUUAAGUCUAAAAAUGAUUCUAAAUUUGUCCUCUCUUUCAUCUUUCUGAUAAUGACUUUCAGCGGAUUAUCUAUUGUUAUUUUUAUGCCAUGAAAUCCCUGGUAAUCUCAGCAGUACAAUGUUCCUUUUAUUAGAUUAUUUUUCUCAAGACAGUGCUGUUCAUGUCUUGCUUUCUUAGUCUUAAACCUUACUCUUCCUUAAUUAUAAGCCUGAUAUCUUACCAUGUCUUCAGUACUUAACAUUUUUCAUGUAAAAUCCAUGCAGUGAGACCCAAGGCCUGCAAUAUAGAAGCCGUCAGCAUGAAUGUUGGCUACAGUAGCAGCUUCCAUGCUGUUAAAGGCCGUUCUUUAUAGAUACAGGCUACUCAUCAAAACUGGAGGGCUUCUCUAGGAGCUGUUUUCAGGAGCAGGACAGGAAUUUGUUUUGAAGAGGAAACGUAUGGCACAUUUUGAAUCACAGGCUUCUGCUUGAAGUCUGUUCUCUGUCACAAUUUUACUUUAUUCAAAGACCAGCUACAAAAGAUUGAAGGAAUUUCACUCAGUCUUUGUUUAUAUGAAACAAUAUGAAUGAGGAUAACAAAGGCAAAGACAAUUAACUACUGAGUUAGAUUCAGUGGAGGAUUUUGCUUCUUCCACACAAGCAGCACUAUGGUCCUUGCGAUUUCCUCAACUGGUUCUUAGGUGAACAUUUCUGACUUCCUCCACCUCCUUAGUCAAGGUAUUUCAGCAACAUUAUUACUAAAGUUCUAAGGUCUCAACUUACCUGUAGUCCUUUAACCUUCUUAUCUUAACUGCAUGGCUCUUGUAUCCAGAACAUCUCAAUAUUAUAAUAAUAAUAUAUAGUAUGUGAAACUUCAUACCCCUAGAAGCGUAUAAACCAGGUAAAGAGACGUCGUCUCAUGUAACUGACUGGUAACUAUGGGAAAAAGAGUAAUAUGGUUUAUCUAAGGUCACACAGCAAGCCUUGGACAGUCCUGUGAUGGAACUGGAGGCAGAACCUAGUUCUCUUUUGCACAUGUAAAAUUUUAGUGAGAAAAACACUUUUGCUUCUUCAUUUAGUGGAGUAUCUUGCUUUUAGGAGGUCAGAAGCAUCAGGGGUUGUAGCUGUUGCCACUGGUGGUGUGCAGCUAGACAGGAACAGCAGAGAUCUUCCUGCCUGCGUCAGAAGUGAGACAGACAGUGCCGAGGUGCUGUCUCUAAAGACAGAAGCUUUAAAUUUAUCUUCCUACACACUGCAUUUUCUCUUACAUUUCUGCAUCUUGAAGGCAGAUGAGGCAUUUUGAGGCACAAUUAUUUUUUUGUUGUGAAGCUUUUAAUUCUUAUAUCAGCCUCUGGAUUUCCCCAUUAUGUCUACCUGCUUCCUUCCACAGGCACAGGGCUCAUGUCAACUUUCAGCUUGGACAGAUAGUUUUAAAAGAACAGUAAGGUUCAUUAGUGAGAAAACUCAUCUGUAUUUUCUUCUCAGUAGGUAAUUUUCAGCUGAGUAAUAUGUAACAGCUUCUCAAACAAAAGCUUACCUGGAAUUUUCCUGUGCUCUUAUCCAUACGCUACUGAGUGUGAAAGAUCAGAAAGUCUGGAUAUGUGGAGGUGGUGACUAAUUCAAAGCAUUGCAAUUGCAGGUGAGUAGCUUUGUUUUUCUGAGGUUUAAAAUGUACUCUAAGGUAGUGACUUCUGUCUUUAAAAUCACACUGACAAUCACUGUAAUUUUGGGUGGGUGAAUUCAGAUCAAAUAAACAAUAAGCAAGACGUUAGCUGAAGGUGUAACUGCGGUGCUUAUGAGGAGAUGUAAUUUAUUUGGAAAAGAUAGAUCAUUGCAUAAAAAUCAACAGCAGCUGCUGAAUUUUGAAUGAGAAAAAUUCUGAUUGUGUUAUUAAAGGUCCUUUUCUGGAGAACAUAGUUGGAUUCUACCAUUUAUGGCAGACAGACAGAACCAGGGGCCUUGAGAAUAGCCCAGGGUUUUAAAAUCAUCAUUUUUUCAGUUCAUAAUCUGUUUUUUGAAUGGUGGCAAAUAUGAAGAGAUUUUUUAAACAGAAUCUCUGUUUUGUGGUUAAAGAAUUGUCAAAAUUAUACAGAAGAUACGCAAUGCAGUUUUACUUUUUCAAUAAAAGUUGAUCUUAAAACUGUCUCAUUUGUCUCAUAUAAUUUGUGAGUUCUUCUGUUUCCUUAAGAACAUGAGACAAAAGCCAUGCAACAUUAUCCCUCACAUUAAAAACAGUAAGGCAAAUCCUAAGGCCACUGUUUAGUUUUAGCUGUAAAUUGAAUGAGAGCUUACACCAACACAGGCUGAGGAAGAACCUCAAGCUCUGAACCUCAACCAGUUUGAGUAGUGUUAUCAAGACAUUUGUACUGUGUAGAAAUGCUAAAAAGUAGAGAACCUAAAAACAUUUCUGUAUGGUUUCUGAAAUCCUCAUCCAAUUUACUCAUUCAGAGGACCGAAGAAAGCAAACAGGAACACUGGAAUGGGCAAAAGGAACAAGAUCAAGCCCUUCUGGUAAAAAAGAUGAUAUUUAAUGCAUCAUUAAAUGCAAAUUUAAUUUAAUGGAUAUAUUUAUAAAACUAAUGCUCUUGUAAUGCAAAUACAUUGACUGGAAAAAUACUUUUCUGUAUAUGAGAAAUACAGGACAAGACUAGGCUUAAAGGUAUGUUAUGUUUCAGCUCUUCUAUCCUUGUCUGGCAAGAAAUGGUGCAGAGAUGGCAGGAUGAGCCCGCACAAUCAUCUGACACAGUACAGAUCCUGCACACCUGGCUGAAAAAGCAUUUAAAGUCUGUGUAGCAGGAAAUCUGUGAGUGUGCUUGUUGGAGUAGAACACUACUAUUAGAGCUGGGGUUUUUUCUGAAUGAGGGUUCAGCUGCCUUCCUAGUAAGUAUUAUAAUGCACAGUCAUUUACAGCAAAAAUGUUUCCUUGAAACACAAAUAAAUAAGACUGGCAACUUUAUUUUGUGCUUGAAAUAAACAUUUUUGAUAAGAUUCACUUUGUAAAGGUGUACGAGGAUGGCCUAAUCCUUCCAC